ACUGCUGAAGCCUGAGGAGAGGAGGAAACGUUCAGCUGAUCUGGGAGUUACACUUAGUAUAUAUUUAUCCCUCCCUUCUCCAUUUCAUGGAAUCACUAGCUGGGAACACAGAGGGCUUAUGGGAUGCCUUAUAAAGACCUGUCACUGGUGAGGGGAGAGGCAAAGGGAGAUUGGGGACAUUUAGAGACAAGCUAAGAGAAUGAGCAGAUAACAGGAGGAAAAUAAAGAGUCAUUUCACAGACAAGCUGGCCAGCAGUACGCCUCCUGACAUGAGAGGGAGAAUAGAGUCAUCAGAGGGAGAGAAUUAGAAAGGAGGGCGUAGGGACUAGUGCUGUUCUGCUCAUCUUCUCCCCAUCACACACAGGCAUCAGCAGUACCCAAGCCUAGCGACCCAGCAAUCUGCACUGAAAAUAUGUUGCCUGGUCUGGGGGACGCAGCUGAGGCAGGACCCGAGAGCAGCCAUGACCCUGCUCAAAGCCCUGGAGAGAAGCAGAAAUGGGAAGAAGCCAAAGCAUUUUACGAAAACCUAACCCCAACCAAGAAACCAAAAUCGCCAAAGCCAUACAAUGCAAUAACUAUUGCUGUUUCUUCACGGGCACUUUUCCGUAUGGAAGAAGAAGAAAAAGUUUUUGAGGAACAUGGACUAGAAGAAUAUGUUAAAUAUCAACUGGAGCAUGAGAAUGAGCCAUUUAAACCAGGAGCAGCAUUUCCCUUUGUUAAGGCCCUGGAAGCUGUAAACACUCAGCUACGUGAGCUAUACCCAGACAGUGAACAUCUGUUUGAUAUAGUUCUCAUGACUAACAACCACGCACAAGUUGGAGUCCGACUCAUUAAUACCAUAAACCACCACAACCUGUUUAUUGAGCGAUUCUGCAUGACUGGGGGGAACAGCCCUAUUGGCUAUCUAAAAGCAUACCAUACAAACCUAUAUCUCUCAUCUGAUGCUCAAAAAGUACAGGAGGCCAUAGAAGAAGGUAUUGCUGCUGCAACCAUUUUCAACCCAAGUCACGACGUGUCUAUAAAUGAAGAACAGCUCCGAGUGGCAUUUGAUGGAGAUGCCGUUCUGUUUUCUGAUGAGUCAGAGCAAAUUGUGAAAGAGCAUGGCUUGGACAAAUUCUUUGAGCAUGAAAAGGCUUAUGAGAACAAACCACUGGCACAGGGUCCAUUAAAGGGUUUUCUGGAAUCCCUAGGAAAAUUACAGAAGAAAUUCUAUCAAAAGGGAAUGAGAAUGAACUGCCCAAUACGCACAUACUUGGUUACUGCGCGAAGUGCAGCCAGUUCUGGGGCACGAGCCCUAAAGACCUUACGUAGCUGGGGCCUUGAGACUGAUGAGGCUCUGUUCUUGGCUGGAGCACCAAAAGGACCUCUGCUGGAAAAAAUCCGUCCACAUAUAUUCUUUGAUGAUCAGAUGUUCCACAUAGAAGGAGCCCAAGAGAUGGGAACUAUAGCAGCACAUGUCCCUUAUGGUGUGGCGCAAAAGCACAAGCAUAAAAACACCAAGUGAGACUGAUGUAAAAUCUUGUCCUCUUUUCCUCACCACCAUGGAAAAAUCCAUCUUAUAUCCUACAUACAGAACUUUUACAAAUUUCAGAGCUAUAUAUUGCUCUGUACAAUUAAGCAGGGAAUAUAGUCAGAAUGUCUAUGGUAAAAAAAAAAAAAAAAAACUGUGACUAAUGGGGCUAUUUGUUGUGAAGUUAUUUAGGAAUGUAAAAAAUGGAAGCCCAGGAUGUUAGUGCAUCUAUAGAUGCCAUAACAAAUAGAAGUUAGUGAGUGUGUGUGUAUUAUGUACUAUAUGCUAAUUAAAGUGCCAAAGUGCCUGUUUUUCUCUGGAUGUGUGCAGGUGUAAACUGCAGCCACCGGGGGCAGUAGAUUGUUUGAGGCUUUAGGGGCCUUAAUUAGCAUAUGACAUAACAAGACUGGUACUCACAGUUCUGGGAUCUGUGGGAGUUCUUUUGGUGCAUGCUCAUGCUAUCAGUUAGGAUGGCUUUACAUGCUUCAAUAUGGUAUUCAAAAAAAUAAAUAGUGUUUACAUGUGGAGGUUUCUUGAUAUUGCAAUUAUACUGUAUCUGUAGUCACAUGGUAAAGGGGUGAGACAGCAACAUCUAGACCAGUGGCCCCCAAGCAGUGGCUUGGGAGCCACAUAUGGCUCCUGACCCCAUUCUGUGUGGCCCACUAUAUGAUUCCUGAGUUAUUCCUAUAUCUCCACUAAACAAUGGCAAUUUGGAUGGUAUAAUACAAAUUUGUGAUUUCUUGUGUAUCUACAUUUAAAAGAUAUUUCACAUUCAGUCGAGCGGAUCCACAGCAUAUUAUACGUUGCGGAUCCACCGCCGUAGGACCCCUACAGGGUGCCUCAGAUGUGCCUGCUCGGAGUGGCAAUACGGCGCUACGAACAGCCACACUGCUGCAAUGUGCGAGUCGCCGCACAUGCGCUGUGUACUUGCACACAUAGCGGCCACUCCCCCUGCUCCCUGAGCUAGGCCGAGAGUAGCAGCGAUGAGCGAGUAUACUGCGCAUGCGCGCGGCGACUCGCACAUCGCAGUGUGUCUGCUCAUAGCGGCGUAUUGCCGCUCUGAGCAGGCACAUCUGAAGCACCCUGUAGGGGUUCCUUCCGUGGCGGAUCCGUAACGUAAAAUACGCUGCCGAUCUGCUCAUCUGAAUGUACCCUUACAAUGGCUUAUGAUGGUGUAAAAAUAAUAAAAACGUUAUACAGGUACUUGCCUCCUUCAGUUCUCCACAGCCACUGCACUGAUACUCCCAGGCCUCCAUUGGUCUAUGUUUCUUCUUCUAGGUUGUGUGUCACUCAGCCAACCAGUGACUGAGUUACGGUCACUUAUUGGACAGGUCCUGUGGAGGACGAGCAGUUGAGGGGACUGGAGGAGGUGAGUAUGGUAUGUUUAUUAUUUUUACAUCACUUUCAGCAAAAUAAAAAAAGUUUUAUAUGCCUCCCCAUCAUUGCUCAAAGUUUAAUGGCCUCUGGUCUAGAUCAUUGAUCAAUUGCAUUUACACCCAACCGCAUAUCUUAUUAUCUGCAAUUGUGACUCUGACAUCCAAAACAGUCAUGUACGAGUAUUUAAAUGUUGAGACAGUUGUAAGCCACAAUUGUAAUUAUCUGUAUCACUACACAUUAUAAAGGUUUGUGAAGGUACCUUUACUUAUAUUUGAAAGGGCAUCUCAUAAAUGUUAGGGUGCAUUCACAUCAUGAUUUUACCAUCCUACUUCUUCUCACGAUUUUUAAACUUUGAAAUCGUACAAAUCUGCAUGCCAAGUCGUAUCCAUUGACUUCCAUUCAUUAAUGAUAGACAACAAAGCAUCAGUUUUGAUCCGCAUCUGAUUUUUGCACGAUUUAAGAUCGGAGGUAAAAUCGUGGUUGACCACGAAAUCGCAUGGAAUCCACGAAAUCGCAUGGAAUCGUGUGACUGUGCGAUUCUAACAGAUUAAUCGCAAACAAUUUUUUUCUAAGCAUGCGCAGUAGACUUCAAAACACAUACAAUUCAAAUAUGUAAACUUUACUCCCAUUGGCAUAAAUAUAAAUUUUAAAAACAGGAUAAGAUUUUUAUUGAAAAUCGGAUGGAAUUUUCAUCUGUACGAUUUUUGGAUACGAUUUUAAAUCGGAUAGCAAAGAAAUUUUUAUGUGGUGUGAACCUAGCCUUACUAACACUGUCAUAUCAUAUUACAGAAUCCUUAGAAUUUUAUGUGUCUUCAUUAAGGCUUUACAUGUCUUUAAGUGUGUUAAUGUUUGUGGUUUUUAUAUCUGCGUGCUGCGCAUUUGAGUUUCUGGAACAAUUGUGUAAAUUCAGUGCAGGGAUUUUGUGUGCCUAGCCCACUAGUGUAACAUUUUGUGACAAUAUUAUUUACCUUUUUAAAAGUGUGGUAGCUUUUAUUUAACUUUUUGGUGCCUAAUACAAUUGAUUCACUUACGUACAAAAGUAACAUGAAAUGGAUCCUGUUCAAUAUGAACCCUAAAAUAAAAAUAACUCAUAACAAAAUCAUAGUUUGACACAACAAAUGUGUUAAAGAGGGUCUCAUCCCCGACAAGCCCUUUUAGUAUGCAACCACUGCGGCGAUCGGCUGAUCACUGCAAGUUUGGCUCCCAAACAACAGGAAGCCUGUAGAAGAAAUGUAGUAUUAUGUGUCAGCCAUUUAAUUGAAUGGCUGCUCCUGCAAUAUA